UCACGUGUCACGAGUUUGACGUAACAGCAAUGGAGGUACUGGUGUAUGUGGUAGUCGCGGUAGCUUUAGUUCUGUUGAUUUUACUUGCGAUUAAAGUACGAGGAAAGCAGGAGGCGGUUGGUCGGGUUCAGGAAGAUGCGGUCGGUCGAGUGGCAGGGCCCCACCCAGUGGUGGAUGAGCGAGGUGCAGGCAUGCCCCGACGCAGAAACCUUAACAGCAGGAUGACUGCCCAAAGACAGAGGCAGCCUCAGCGGGACGCAUCUGAUAGCGAGGACAGCAGUGUGGAGGAGGGUGUGGGCCCACAGUUUCAACCAGGAAAGAUAGGAUCCAAGAAGAAGAGAAAACUAGAGGACAAACAAGCCAAGAAAGCCCAGAGGGAGGCAGAGCAGGAGGAGAGGGAGGAGAGGCGGCGGCUGCAGGAGCUGAGAGACCAGGAGAAGCGGAAGGAGGAGGAAAAGGAGCGGCUGCUGGAGCAGCGGCAGGAGGAAGAGCUGCGCCGGGCGAAGGAGGAGAAGGAGCGGAAGGAGGAAGAGGAGUACUUACGACUGAAGGAUUCGUUUGUGAUUGAGGAGCAGGGAAUUGCUGAGCAACUCGAUGAGCAGGAGUCUCGAAAUUUGCUGCAGGAGUUCAUCCAGUACAUCAAGGACUCCAAGGUGGUUCUGCUGGAGGACCUGGCCUCACACUUUGAGAUGCGCACCCAGGAUGCCAUCUCUAGACUGCAGGACCUCAUUGCCGACGGCUCCCUCACAGGAGUGAUAGACGACAGGGGCAAGUUUAUUUUCAUCACGCCAGAGGAGCUGAGUUCUGUGGCCCAAUUCAUCAAACAGAGAGGCAGAGUGUCCAUUACUGAACUGGCCCAGGCUAGCAACUCCCUCAUCAACUUGACCCCAGUGAUCCACAACACAGCCUGAGGGGGGGCUGCCCCAUAUGUGGGCAUGCGUGCAUGCACAGCUUAAAAGAAUUGUAUAAUAAAGUUAAGCCUUUAA